AUGGAUCAUGGGAUCGAUGGCCCGUGCUAUACCUGUCGCAACCGCCGCAUUCAGUGUGACCAGUCCGGAAGGCCCUGUGGCAAAUGCCAAAAAGCCGGUCUGGAAUGUCUCGACAAAAGACCUUUCAAAUGGGUCAAGGGCGUUGCGAUUCGCGGAAAGCUGCAGGGACACUCAUACGAAAAUGCGAGUUCAUCUUCUACGAGUAUAAAAGAUAAACCCGCAGGGUCUACGAAGCCAAAGCGUGCAUUGAUGCGGACAUCUGCGCGACGCGAUCGGCGCUUCGAUUCUUUAGGGUCCACCUCUGGCAGCAGCUCUGCUCCGUCCUUGCCAGGUCUCUCAUUAAUUAUUCAAGAUCCAACCUUUUCGGCUUUGGAUAAGACGUCUAAAUACUAUAUCGAUUACUAUCAUGCCCGCAUCUGCCAGCUUUUCAUUGUAUAUGACACGGACAGAAAUCCCUUCCGAAGCCUCAUACCCCUCGGCUUGAAGAGCCCUGUCUUGAUGAAAGCCCUUCUUGCGCUAGCAGCACGCCACCAUGUCAACAAAGGCCAAUCUUUUCAUGAGCCAGAAUCACCAACAUCACCACAGCUUGUCACUGCGAACCGUCAUGCACUUGCCUUCAAGCAUCAAGCGAUGGAGGCGUUGUCAAACUCACUAACAGACCCCAAUCUAUCUAAACAAGAUACUACCGUGGCUAGCAUAUUCCUUCUGGUCUUUCUGGAUCUUUUAGAGUCUGGAAGUGACGGAUGGAAUUUCCACUUGGAAGGCGCGAAGAAUCUCAUCGCUUCCACUUACCCUCAAUCCGGAUCCCAGUCUGGCAUAAACCACGGUCCAGGACAAACAGUGCAAGAGAUCCGUUCCUUUAUAACCAAACAAAUUAAAGUCAUUGAAACCCUUGGUGCCACCUUCUUGCGGCCCAAGUUACUAUCCUAUUUCGACUCCUUCGAGCAACAAGAGCGCCAGCUCCAAGAAACAAUCGAGAGUUCUUUUCUUGGAUGUCCCGAUUACCUUUUAAGCGCGAUGCAACUACUCUCCAUGCAACGGGAUAGUAUAUCGGACCCGAACCACCUCGACAAAAGCACCAUGGAGUCGCACAUAAAAGAGACGAAAUCAUUGCUCGAGAUGACUCAGAACUUUGACUGCUAUGCCUGGGCAUCUGGCCUGCCACAAUCACGCACUCCUUCGCCAAGCGAGAUCAUCAGUCUCUGCUCGCUAUCGCGGUCCUAUAAAAUUGGCACCUUCAUCUACGGAAGACGGAUACUGGAUGCUAUGACUGGAGAAACGACAGUGCUUGAUGAUAUGGUUGCCGAGCUGCUGGGGCUGAUUGACUCACUGCAGAAUGAUCAAAUCAUGUUCAAAUGUGUCCUCUGGCCCAUUUUUAUUGCUGGCUUGGAGUGCAAAUGGCAACCUCAAAGAGAGUUCCUCAUUGCUUGCGCAGAAAGAUUUUGGGACAUCACCAACUGUCUGAAUGCAGUCAAUGCCGCGAAAAUUCUGCAAGAAUACUGGCGUCAAACAGAUGCCUCUAGGCAAGGGCAGUCGCAGUGGAUCUUUGACAUCGGUCGCCUGGGUCGAGAUUGGCUCUGGAUUUAG